AUGAAACAUUCGCCUUUGGAUGAACUAAAAGAGGCCAAAGCCAAACAGGAUUCCAUUUUGGAACGUUUGGCUGCAAAGCGAAGGCAACGACACAACCUACUCGCCGGUAUGACUAUGACAGGAACUUUGAAGUUCCGACCAAAUGCAGCGUUGAGUAAAGUUAUGAAAAAAACGCAUUCCUCCGUGAAACCUACUUUACCUGAUUCUGCUUUGACUUCAACCAUCCCGGAAGCAAAUCGAACAAAUGAAAGCGCCUUGCCAGGAACUAAAGAUAUCAUCUCAGGUAAAUUGAAAUUUUUAUGCCCACAGCUCUCAUUGACUAUUUUCGCUUUGAUGCUGUUUCCCCCUUCAAGAACCCAUAUAUGA